AUGCUUUAUCUGCAUAGCACGCGCUUGACGACAACGAAACUUGGAAACCGACUGUGCACGAACGUAUUGAUGGGAAGGAAGAGGUCCACGAAAGCAGCUUAUGUUGUGUUUAUCGGACGAACAAGAGGCGUGUUUACCUCCUGGUCGGAGUGCGAAGCGCAGAUCCAUGGAUAUCCGGGCAAUAGUCAGAAGGGGUUUGAAAGUGCAGCUGAAGCAAGAACAGCUUGGAAGGAGUUUAGACGAUCAACCCAGUGGACACCGAGUUUGACGCCCCUCGAGAUUCCAGACAGAUUACCCGCGCAAGAUCUUCUGACUAAGAACAUUGAUCUGUUUGAUCCUAAAGAACAUCAAGCAUCAUCUCGCAAGCGGAACUUCGAGGCCAUGAAUACUCCCAGCCCAUUGGAGCCCGCGUCUGAACCGGCAAGAUAUAAGAAAAGCAAUCAGAAUGCAACAACACGAGAGAUUGCCAAGCCAAAUAAAUCCCCAGAGCUGAAGCUUGAACCUAGCGAUCCCACGUAUUUGCAGAAAGGAGAACUUGCAAAUGGCGAGGAACCGGCUUCCGUUAAGCUGACGUCUGAACAGCAAGCUGUAGUAGAUAUGGCGUUAACAGGAGCAAAUAUAUUUUUGACUGGAGCGGCCGGAAGUGGUAAGACAGUGACUUUGCGGGAAAUGAUUAGGCGGCUCCAAAAGCGUUAUCAGUCAAAGAACAAUUCGGAUCAUCCUUGUGUCCAAGUUGUCGCGCCCACAGGUAUAGCUGCAUUGCCUCUUGAUGGUAAAACGACUUUCUCAUUCGCUGGCUGGAACCCCGACUCAUUACAACAACCCAUGGAGCGCUUGUUAGCGAAUGUGAGGAAGUCUACUAGGGAAGCAGUAGAUCGGCUGAGAGUGCUCAUCAUCGAAGAAAUCUCGAUGGUGGAAAAUCAAUUCCUAGAGAGAUUGAACCGACUCCUACAAUCUAUUCUCAUGUCAAAUGCCCCAUUCGGAGGGAUUCAAGUAAUCCUAGUAGGGGACUUUCAUCAGCUACCACCCGUCAAGCCCUUUGAGAAUUGUAUUGAAUGUGGAGAAAUGAUGGUUCACGAUAAGGUUAUAGCACCAGUUUGGGACAAGCUCAAGCUUCGGUUCGUUAAACUUGAGCAAAUUCAUCGCCAGAAGGACACUGGAUUUCAAGGUGUGCUGAACAAAAUCCGGAAUGGACAGGUUCUCGAAAACAGCGAAUGGGAUGAGCUAGAGCGGACAAAAGAAUUACCCCCGCAAGCUGUGGCCACAAGAUUGAUGUCUCUUGUCAAUGAUGUCACUAGAUUCAACAACAGAGAACUCGGAAGAUUGAACACGCAGGUGAGAAGCUGGAAGGCAUUUGAUGUAUCCAACAAAAAGCGUACGGAGGACGCGGAUAAGUUUGAUCCUCGUUGUCAAAUGAUUGCUCAAAAAUGCCAGGAAUUCAAGGACGCUUUAAUGAAGUAUCAUCGCCUUCCAACAGAUCUCAACCUGAAGGUUGGGGCUAAGGUUGUGUUGCUGUCUAACCUUAGUCCCAAGUCAGGGCUUGUAAAUGGAUCACAAGGUGAGGUUGUUGGGUUCGCUGACACAACAACUUGGACUUCCAAAGACGAUGAAGGCACCUAUCAGAGAGAGUGUGCCGAUCAGUUCACGACAAUGAACAGUUUUUGGAGACCGGUAGUCAGGUUUGCCAAUGGACAGACUAAGACGAUUCCACAUGUUGUACAAUCGUCCACUAAAAUAUCUGGCGAAGAUCGCUACCAUGUCGCAAGAACACAGAUUCCGUUGACGCUCGCGUGGGCUUUGUCGAUCCAUAAAAGUCAAGGAAUGACCCUUCAGUAUGCAGAAGUCUCAUCGCGUGGUCUCUUUGAGACCGGCCAGCUUUACGUCGGGUUGUCUAGAGUCACAAGCUUGGAAGGUCUCAUCGUGACAGGUUUCUCUCGAGAGAAAACCGUAAUGGAUCCAGAUGUUAUUGAGUUCUACGAAAAAACUGCAUGGGAGGAUUUGUCGCGAUCAGACGUCUCGCCAUCGACUGAAUCGAAGACCGAGGCUGCUGCGCCCAAUGAGUGGUGGAAAGGAGAUUAUGUACCUCUUUUUGUUGGCAAAGCUCAUCCAGCGCAGGUGAAAUACCCGCAGUUACCUCCUUUUAAGACGGAGAUAUGUGACAGCGACGAAGAGGACAGUCAGGAUGAGCAAGGAUGA